UUACAGCCUAAACACACGUUUCCCAUGAAGAAUGAUGAUGAGGGCAAACGAGGCUUGACAGUCUGCUGACGUGAAUUCCCGCUCCUCCUCUCGCCACUGGCUCAAGGAGAAAAGCUUCAUCUGCGUACUGGUGAGGCUGCCCAGAGCAGGAGAAGCAGGAAAGAGCUGCCUUUUCAGAGGGAGGAUCAGAUCUGAGACACAGAGAGAGAGAGAGAGGGGGGAGAGAGAGAGAGAGAGAGUCUGGCUGAGCAUCCCUCAGGAUGAAGAAAAGCAGGAGCGCACAAGGGGUUACACCAGACGAUGAGAAUAAAGAGCUUCCUGUGGGACAAUUUUCCACAGCCAGCACCCUCGGGGUGGAGGUGUGCAAAGUCCACAGGCGGUUUUCUGGCAACCUGCAGCUGCCUCCGUUGUCAUGGCGACAGGCAGAAAAGGAAAGGGACAGGGGCAGGCCGCUCACACCUGAAGAGGAUCCAGUGACCCGGGCCAGACCCACAAGCCUGCCCAUCGUCUCCCUGCCUCGCAUCGACAUCACACAGGCCGACCCCGACAGCUUUGAAGUGGAGAAUGGCCCGACGUGCUGCAGUCCUUCAGACCUGCAGGCGUCCCCGGGUCUGGUUCUACACCCCAACUUGGCGAGCCAUGGCCAGCGCAGAGAGUCCUUCCUGUACCGCUCUGACAGCGACUACGAACUGUCCCCAAAGUCCUUGUCUCGAAACUCUUCCAUUGUUGGAGAACUGCAUGGAGAGGACUUGAUUGUGACUCCAUUUGCUCAGGUUCUUGCGAGCCUUCGCACUGUCAGGAACAACUUCACCACCUUGACAAAUGUACAAUGUGCAUCCAAUAAGAGGUCUCCUGCUGCAAAUCAGCCUUCUAUGACCAAAGUCUGCCUGUCAGAUGAGUCCUACCAGAAGCUGGCUAUGGAGACCAUGGAGGAGCUGGACUGGUGUCUGGACCAGUUGGAGACCAUCCAGACCUACCGCUCUGUCAGUGACAUGGCCUCCAACAAGUUCAAGAGGAUGCUGAACCGGGAGCUAAGCCACCUGUCUGAGAUGAGUCGCUCAGGCAACCAAGUGUCAGAGUACAUCUCCAACACCUUCCUAGACAAGCAGAAUGAGUUGGAGCUUCCAUGUCCAGUUCCAAAGUCCAGGGAGAGGAAGAGGAGGCAGGGCCAGCAGCAGCAGCAGCAGCAGCAGCAGCAGGGGGGGAUGAUGACUCAGAUCAGCGGGGUGAGGAAGGUCAGCCACACGCCCAGCAUCUCUGGGAGCACAGGCAAUCGCUUCGGGGUCAAGACGGACCAGGAGGAGCUGCUGUCGAAGGACCUGGAAGACAUCAACAAAUGGGGACUGAAUAUCUUCAAAGUGGCUGAGCACACCCACAACCGACCGCUCACAUGUAUCAUGUACACCAUCUUUCAGGAGCGAGACCUGAUGAGGACGUUCAAGAUUCCAACUGACACCUUUGUGACGUUCAUGCUGACCCUGGAGGGCCACUAUCACUCCGACGUGGCCUACCACAACAGCCUGCACGCCGCCGACGUAGCCCAGUCCACACACAUCCUCCUGUCCACCCCCGCGCUGGAUGCGGUCUUCACUGAUCUCGAGAUCCUGGCAGCCAUUUUCGCUGCAGCCAUUCACGACGUGGACCACCCAGGAGUGUCCAACCAGUUCCUCAUCAACACCAACUCGGAGCUGGCUCUGAUGUACAACGAUGAGUCAGUGCUGGAGAACCACCACCUGGCCGUGGGCUUCAAACUGCUGCAGGAAGACAACUGCGACAUCUUCCAAAACCUCUCCAAGAAGCAGAAGCAGACGCUGCGGAGAAUGGUCAUAGACAUGGUUUUGGCAACUGACAUGUCUAAGCACAUGAGCCUGUUGGCUGAUCUGAAGACGAUGGUGGAAACCAAGAAGGUGACCAGCUCUGGAGUCCUGCUGCUGGACAACUACACAGACAGGAUGCAGGUUCUGCGUAACAUGGUUCACUGUGCCGACCUGAGCAACCCCACCAAACCUCUGGAUCUGUACCGGCAGUGGACAGACAGGAUCAUGGAUGAGUUCUUCCACCAGGGAGACAGAGAGAGGGAGCGGGGGAUGGAGAUCAGCCCCAUGUGUGACAAACACACAGCGUCAGUGGAGAGAACACAGGUUGGCUUCAUCGACUACAUCGUCCACCCUCUGUGGGAGACGUGGGCCGACCUGGUCCACCCCGACGCCCAGGACAUCCUUGACACACUUGAGGACAACAGGAACUGGUACCAGAGCAUGAUCCCCCAAAGCCCCUCCCCUCCCUUCUACACCAGUGACGGAGAAGGAGGCCCACACGGGGAGUUGGAGGGGGGGCCUGUGGCGAGUAAAUUUCAGUUUGAACUGACUCUGGAUGACCAGGACAGAGAGGGUGGUGACGAGGAGAGUGGGAUGAUGGAGACAACUGACGGAUGCGACGCUGUGACACUCCAAAGCCACCCCUCUGAUGAAGACGGGGUAGAAAUGGCGACGCGCGACGUCUCCCCAGCGGAAACAUAGCUGAACUGAUGGCGUUCUUAGAGUGCAGCACGUUUUUGCUGUUUUUGGCUGAAUUCAUUUUAUUGCAGUGGAGCAAUCCUGCAAUCUGGCUCCUUGGAGCUGCCUGGCUAAGAGGGCCUGACUAAAUGUGGGGCACCCCUGCAAACGAGGCUUGGAAACCCUGUGGCAGUUUGUUUUUGAGCUCUAGAAGGGAGCUGGAAGAGUGUGGCCUCUGUUCUUUAAAGAAGGGACUACUGUCAGACUGCAGAGGCAGAGCUGCAUCUUGGUCCUCGCAGACAUAAAAGGUGAAGUGGACGAUAUGAAUCCGUGUACUGGGACAAGUAAAAAAAAAAAAAAGAAAAAUCCAAAACUUGCACUUCAGGACAUUUUUUAUGUUCAUUACGAUUCUUAGUAUUGUGUCAGGAUUGGAUGCCACCAGGUAAAGUGUCCAACCAAAACUACUGGUCAGCAAGUUAUUUGUAACCAAGUAGUUUUUUCUAACACUUGUCUAAAAAAGAAAAAAAAAAAAAAAAGUUGUGUGCCUUUUUUUUUUUACAGCCGUGUCUUUUUUGUAAGUGUUUUUAUAAUUUAUUGAACACAUUCAUGUAGCUGUAAAAUGUGUCGAGUUUUCUACAGAGAGGACAUCUUUGUCUCACACAGUCUUCCUAAUGUUCUGGCAAUAGUAUAAGCUUGUUCUCACAAAAGCGUUCAGUGGAUGUAUUUCUAAAAAUCAGUUGACUUCCCAGCACAAUUUGCACUUUGUGGCAUAAAGAAAGAGGAGUGUGUAAAGCAUCAGUAAUUUACAGACUUUAUUGAUUUAUCCAAAUAUUUUUUUUCCAAUAAUUCAUUACAUAAGUAAUUAAAUAACUCAUCGAUCAGAUUCCUUGAAAGUGAGAAAAAACAUUUUAUAUUUUUGAGUCCAAAAACAACCAAAAAAAACAAAAAACAAAACUCCAAAGAUCCUGUAAAAAAGCACUUUGAUGAAUUCACUGCCACCUCUGACAAGUGUGAUCACAUGCUUCUCUAACGUAAAAAGUCGAACUUCCAACCAGAAGUCAAAUUAAUCCUUCACAUCUUCCUGUAGCUUAAAAAAAGAUCAGGCCAUUGAAAGUUAAUUACAAAGUUAAACUGCACCAAAAAUAUCUUAUAAAAUAAAAUCCAUAACCUUGUAUUGUGCUGAGCUAUAUUCCAGUAUUAGAAAUCUGUUUCCACCUUGUAAUUCCUCUUUUCAUGAGCUCACACACACACACACACACACACACACACACACACACACACACACACACACACCUGUUGUGGUGAACUGCAUUCCAUCCUCGUGAAUAUGCUUUACACCGUAUCUCAUUUUGAACUUUGAAUGACUGUAAGACUGCGUGCACAUUUAUACAGACACAUGUCAGUGAUAUGAUAAUUGUAUCUUGUAGUUAUUAUUGCAGCACUUUGAAUAUGUCGACAGUUCUGCAGCUGGUCGCUGAUCUGUCCAACACUACCUUAAAGGUACCACGUUGUAAGGUGCAACCUUCAGAAUUAGGCGGAGGUCAAUAUCGUGUCAUGACAUGAUACCUCCUGUGAGUGUGUGUGAGUGUGUGUGUGUGUGUGUGUGUGUGUGUGUGUGUGUGUGUGUGUGUGUGUGUGUGUGUGUGUGUGUGCGUGUGCAUGUAUGUAAGUGGUUACACAGUUGCACAACCUUGUUGCACCCAGCUGUGUUGUGCUGACCCUUCAGCUGUUUGUAACAGUGUAUUUAUUAUCUUUUCCUUGUACAUGAUAAUAUUGAUAUUGAUUGAUAAUAUUCACUGUAUAUUUGUUAUUAUUUAUAUGCACUACCACGUGUCAAAUCAGUUUGACUGAACUCGUCUGGUGGUUCUGAUUUAUUGUAUUCAGCAAGCUGUUUUGCUAUAAGACCAUAACAUGAAGUUAUGCUGUUCAGUUUUGGCAGAUUUGAAAUGUUUGGUUUGAGAUUUCAGCCAGAAAAGUUUGUACAGUCUGAAGCAACAACACCUCACACGAGGUGCAGAAGAAGCUUUUUGUUUUUUUGUCUCUUGUUCCUGGCGGAUUAUGAAGGCUGGAUAUUUACUGCAGUAUAUUGUGUACGGUGACGGGUCAUUGUACAGCUAUAGGAAUAUUUGCUGAAAUAUAUAACAUUGUUUCAAAUGUAUUUUUUCAGUGUUUUCCUCACAAUAUAUGGUAAAAUGGUGUAUGUUGUGCUCAACAAAUGUUUUCUAUCAGAUUAUUAAAAUGGGCAUGUAUUACAGAAA